AACAUUUUCUGUAAGUGCAAAAUCAUGAAGUAGAUCGGUUCGUGAUUUCAAAAGUGUCUUUAGUAACUUACUAAGCUUACAAAAUAAAGAAAAUUAUCUGAAUACUUUGACUAUAAUCCAAUUCGCGUCAAUCGUAUUUAUUCGUUUCCAAACAAGGUAAGAAAUUUGAUACUUUAUUCAUCCAGCAUUUUUAUUCCACGCACGACAAUUUCUCCACUUCUAUUCAUCAAAAUGCACUCAAAGCCUCCAAAUUUCUUCUUCUCCAAACGUCACCUGGUAGCAAUUUUGGUAUUUUUUGGAAUGUUGAAUUUGUUUGCAUUGCGAGCAAAUUUGAGCAUAGCUAUCGUGGAUAUGACAUCGAACCAUACAACUACAAUUGGAAAUCAAACAGUGACCAAAGAACCAGAUUUCGACUGGGAUUCCAAAACUAAAGGCAUGGUUAUCAGCCUUUUCGGAGCUGGUUUUGCUUUCGGCGUAUUUGGAGCAAGUUUAUCAAUCAAAAUCGGAGGCACUAGGAUAUUCGGCAUUGGUUUAACUUUAACAGGACUAAUCACUUUAUUAACGCCAGCCAUCGUUCGGGCCAAUUUUCAACUAUUUUGCUUGGCCAGAUUUUUAGAAGGUGUUUUGGAAAGCUUCACAUUUGUGAGCAUACCAGAAAUAUGGUCCAAAUGGGCACCUCUUAGAGAAAGAUCCAAGCUUUUUUCAUAUGGUUAUACUGGAGUAUAUGUCGGAACAGCUGUUGCGUACCCGUUAUGUGGGUAUUUCAUGUACAAAUGGGACUGGUCUGCUGCUUUUUAUGCCACAGGAGGAAUGACCAUAAUAUGGUCCAUAUUCUGGUUCUCACUGAUAAGCGUGGAUCCUUCCAAAGACAAGUUCAUUUCGAAAAAAGAAGCCCAAUAUUUGAAACAAAACGAUAACAUUGAAAAGCCCAAAAACGAUUUGAAAAUUUGGAAAAAAAUCUUCACCUCGAAACCAUCGUGGGCGCUGUGUUGCGCCAAAUUCACUUAUGGAGUAGGGUUCACUGUGGUUGUGAUAUGUUUACCUAUGUACAUCAAAGAUACAACAAACGUGAAUAUUGGAAAAAUUGGAAUUUUAUCAGCCCUACCUAACGUGGUCAGCAUUUUUACGUUGCCCUUCUUCGGCUGGUUGACCGAUUACGUGCAGAAUAAGAAUUUCACCACCGUUACGAAAGAGCAUAAAAUUUUUAUGAGCGUAGGUUUCAUCAGUGGUGCUAUUCUACUAUUUAUCGUCUCAUUCACAACAAAUUUCAAUAUUUCUAUCAUAAGUAUAACAAUUUUCAAAGCCAUGUCUUCAUUGAACUACUUGAUUAUUCACGUCAGCCCUCUGUAUUUAGCACCCAAAUGCUCGAGUAUGUUAUCAGCAUUCAAUGGACUAUGUUAUUCAUUCAGCACAGCGAGUGUACCAACGGUCGUAGGAUUUCUUGUAACAUCUCAGAGUAAAUCCGAAUGGAACACGUGUUUCUUAGUAUUUGGAUCUGUAUUGAUAUUAGGCACUUUAAUUUACGUUAUUUUCGGUUCAAGUGAACCUCAACCCUGGUCCUAUGUUAAAACACAAGAAGAUAGGAAGAAUUCGGAAAUGAAUAAAAAUUAAAUACAAUAUGUA